AUGGACAGCCGGAACCCGCCAUGGCGCGCCCAACAGGGUCGCGCUCCUAACAGAAUGCCCGCGUCCACGAUACCGAGCAAGCGCUCCGCCGACACACAAGAGGAGGCCUGGGUUGCGGACGAAGAUCGCUUCGUCUUGCGGCAGGCAAAGAAAAAGGCAGCUAUUCGUGUGAAGGGAGGGCGUGCAAAGCCUAUCGACUGGCUCGCUAUCACUUUGCGCGUUGUCGACGGCGCGAAAGGCGCAUUCGAGGACGAUGAGGACGACAGCGAGCUUGACAUUGUGGAUCCCGAAGGCGUCCUAGAAUCGCUAGAUGACGCCCAGCUGGCUGAACUGGAAAAAGACAUCGAUACAUACCUCACACUUGAAUCGGACAGAAAGAACAAGGAGUUUUGGAAUACUAUAAAGGUCAUUUGCAAAGAUCGCCGCCAAAAGUCAGAGUCUGGCUCUGAUGCCCGCGGCGUCAGCUCCGUGUCUAGCGAUGUCGAUCGGCUUCUUGCACCAAAGUCCCUUGAAGAACUCGAAGGGUUGGAGAAGCAGAUCCGGAGAAAGCUGGAAUCGAACGAACCAAUCGACGUUGAUUAUUGGGAACACUUGCUCCGGAGCCUCAUAGUCUGGAAGUCAAAGGCAAAGCUUAGACGUGUCGCGCAGGCGGUUGUCAACAGUCGUCUACAAGGCUUGCGCAUGCAACAGGAGCAAGAGGCGCUCAGCGUCCAGGAAAGAUUGCGUAGCAUCUUGAGCAAGCCGAGCUCACAAGGAAGAGAACAAAUGGCAAAUACUGCAACAUCUUCAUUAGAUCCAGAGCCGUUCCUCAAGCUGCGGCCAGAGGACAAGGCACUGGAAUGUAUUGAGGAGCAGGCAUUUUUGGACAAGAUCGCGGACGAGCGUCGCAAGAUCCUAAAACUCGGCUACGUGCCAGCUGGGCAGAACCAGGUCGACAAGUCUGCUACUAGCAGCAACCAGGCUAAGCCAGCAGCGGAUGCCAGCAGCAGCAGUACCUCGAGGUUCGCAACGCCGCGCAACAACGAUUUCUCCCAAGCGACCAUAGCUCUCUAUGAGCGCGAAGUCGCCCGUGGCGUAAACGAGAAUGAGGAGAUAUUCACGGGCGAAGAGGAAGUUGUCACGGCGAACAAAUCGCAGUGGAUGAACAAACACCGGCCGCGCAAGCCUCGCUACUUCAACCGCGUGCAGAUGGGCUACGAGUGGAACAAGUACAACCAGACGCACUACGACCACGAUAACCCCCCGCCCAAGGUGGUCCAGGGCUACAAGUUCAACAUCUUCUACCCGGAACUCAUCGACAAGGGCAAGGCCCCGACCUACCGCAUCGAGCGCGAGAACGGCCGCAAACGCGGGCAGUCCUUUGCCCCGGCCGGAGAGGAAGAUACGUGUUUGAUUCGAUUCAUUGCUGGUCCGCCGUACGAAGACAUUGCGUUCCGCAUCGUUGACAAGGAGUGGGAUUAUAGUGCUAAGCGGGAGCGGGGUUUCAAGAGCAGCUUUGACAAGGGCAUCUUGCAACUGCACUUCCAGUUCAAGAAGAUCUAUUACAGGAAAUGA